AUGGCUCUCAACGACGCUCCAGACAUGUUUAUGAGCCUUCCACUCGAGGUAAGACACUCCAUCUUUGAGUAUCUAUCAGACCGUGCAUCAUCAGCCGGCAAGAAUAACCCCAAGCGGCUUCUACUCCACUGGUUUGAGAAGGAGGAGUCCGAGAACAUCAUUGUUGCGUACAUGCGCGAUCACCCAACCGUACCUGAGCCGCUUUUUUGUUACAGCUGGAACGAUGUCAUCUCUGCAAGCGAGGAUGAUGGCGGCAGCGAUAGCGACACCACUGAGGAACAUGAGACGGACACAGAAGAGGAAGAAGAAGAUGAUGAGCAGGACGAUGACGAAAAUGACGACGACGAAGAAGAAGAAGAUAGCGAAGACGACGAAGAAGUCGGCUAUCUGAACGCGACUGAGACUGUUGGAAAUGGUACUUACAACAGUUUGUAUCAGCCUUCUGUGUAUCCCAACGCUAAGUGGCGUCAUGUUCCAAACUUCAUAUCCUUGACCCACUUUCCGCCACCUGUCGAGCUACUCCUGACGUCCAGACAACUGAACAUCGAAGCCAAGAACUGGUUCUACAAUGUCGCUGUCCUACGCAUCAAUGCGACUCGCAACAUUGCUCAUACAUCCUUCUUCGAGGAAGCGUUGGGGCAGAUUGCCAAUGCCGCUUUCUCGCCUAUGCGGAACAUUCGAAAGGCUGAAGUGACGUUUGUUUGGGACUCUGCCUGGAUGCGUACCGAUGCGACUGGCCUUGCGGAGGCUGUCUUCCCUGCUCUUCUCCAUCAGCGGGCUAGCUUCGUCUACAAGAUAUUGCUGAAAGCCCCUGAUCUACAAAAGGUUGACAUUAAGUGGCACGACUCUGUCCAAGAUAAUGAGAGUGCCAAUCUGAAAAUGGAAGUCCUCAAACACUUCCAGACGCUGUCGGCUACGGUCAAUGUUGAGAAGCACUACCUCGAGACCGAUGCUAAACCCAAAAAGCACAGCAUCGCUGGCAAGCGUCGCCUUGAGUUUGAGAGCUUCUUGAGUGCCAUGAUUCUAGGCCAUCCUUCUUAA